AACGAGACAAGCGCAGCUGGUGUACGCCAAUGGCAGCGACCCCUGCCUUUGUCUGCCUGUGCAUGCCGUGGGAAGAGGGUAGGUGGAAUAAAGGCGGCACCGGCGGCGGCGCCCCCCCCGCCUUGAAGAUCAUGUCGUUAAUCUGUCUUUUUGUCUCACCUCUCACCUCUCACCUCCAGCUGCGGGGACAAUGAAUCGCAACCUUAGCUGGUGCAAGGGAAAAGUAUCCAGAGAAUAACAUUACUCUGACAACAUAUUAUCUAGUGCUUUCCCGCCUAACCUCCGGCGGAAAAGUUCACCACCUCCCUGGAUAUACCUAACGGCUAUAUACCGGACAGCUGGCACUGGAACGACGGAGUGGGGUAGAUUGUGACAGUACUCCCGCUCCAUCGGUCCCUGGCUUUAGGCUCGUCCCAUCCUGCAUCAUGGAGGAACCCCGGAAACACUCGGCCUCUCGUCCAAUCGAGUAUCUCCUCUCAGGCAUCUCAUCGACAUCAGCCAUCCUCACACGCUUCAUCCGGUCUGUACGAGCCUCCCAUUCCGAUCUCUCUGCUGUCACCCGCGAGCUGUCCGACCUCAGGCUUUUGCUGGAGCUGCUUCGAGAUGAGCCUUCCAUUCCUUUGUUAUUGCAGGCGCAAAUGCUGCUGCUGCUGGAAAGCUGUGGGAAUACGCUAAUACGCAUCGAUUCAAUCCUCGCCCAAUGCCGGAAUGCAACAGACUGGAGUCAAACCGGACGAGCGCAGAUCGGACAGUGCCGUGACGAUAUAGGAUUAUUUCGUGAGGUACUGGGACUUGCUUUGGAUAUCUUGAGCUUAGACCCAUCCCAACAAAGCAGUGCCUCUGAAGCAAACACCAUCAAGGAAAAUGUCAAGGGCGAGGUUGAGCGAUUGCGAGCCAAAACUCUGUCUAACGAAAAGCAUGACCCGGACACCAGCGAAGUUCUUGACCUGUAUCUGGAUGCUGUUACCAACUGCAUUCGGUCCUAUGAGAAGAAGUCACAGGCGGCACGCGAGAGGUCCGGGUCAGAAGAGACCGUAACAACGGGAGAUGUCACGAACCACGACACGCCGGGAAUUGAGAAGAACCUUGAAGCAGUCCGUUUGUCUCAGAAAACGCCCGUACCAGCAACGAAGCACAGGACCAACGAUGAGCCAGCAGGAGCAAGUUCAGCUUCCAAUGCCAGGGCGCCAAUGCCACAUGAGGACGCCGACAAAUGGACAUCGUCUCGAACCAAUGCCUUUUCUUAUUACAGUGGCCAACCGGACUCCAUCACCGUGAAGCGCCCUGAAGAUCAUGAGCCAUUGCCAGACGUGCCACCAGUCCCUCCAGUCCCGCCGGCACAAGCACCUCCAACAGUGCCUCUGCCCGAAUCGCCCACGCUACCAGGAAGCUCCGGCACUUCGACGCCAGUCCCGCCGAGAGAGAUCAAUCUUCCGCCGCCCCUGGCAAGAUCAGCCUGGAGUCACGAAGAUUCCCCGUCCACCAAGUCUGAGCCUCUCGGCUCGGGGGGUUAUCUCGAGCCCGAGUCUCCCACCUUCUCCUCAGAGCGUUGGUCUGAGCCUGUCCAGGCCUCCCAAGGUUAUCCAGAAACCGAGCGAUCCCGUCAAAUAUCGGUUGCCCCGAGUGAAAGUCCACAGUUGGGACGAGAAAGCCCUCGUACCUCAUUCUCGUUUAACCGCAUCAUGUCUGGUGUCAGCGAGGUUUCGACAGUUCGUUCCGACACUUCGAGUCCUCGGCGGCCAUCUCCGGGCCCAUCCAUGGUCAGUGCCAUGUCACCAUAUCACCAGUCACCUCCCUUUUCACCGCCACCCGAAUACCGUCGAAGUCCAACGCCCAGAUCGCAGUGGUUGCCUGGGUUGGCGUCACGCAGUCUUGUCUCUCCCGGCCUCAUGCCUCCAAGCAUCAGCAGUCCCAGCAUCAUCGGCCCCAGUAUUGGAUCCGCAAGCCAACUCGUCAUACAACCACCGGCAAAACACAGUGGGCACCAGAGUCGAAUCGAGGUCACCCCCGCUCGCCAUCUGACAGAUAAGGCCAAGUCCACUCGGAUCCUGCAUAUUGACACUUCACCAGCAAAUAUGUUUGUAGCCACCAAACAUGAUCCCAAGACCGUCAAGAUCUGGGCCAUCGCCAAAAGCGCGCUGCAUAGCACCAUCAAAAUCACGUCUUAUGUGCAACCACAGGUUCGAUCCAGAGAGUACUUCAUCCGCAGUCACGCAAUCUUGUCGGAAAACGCCACCCUCAUAGGUAUCACAACCCACUUCGGGCUCACCCUCGAAAUAUGGAACUUUGCCAAAGGCGGCACCUCUGCCAAAAAGGUCCAAACCAUCGACGAAGCCCACCGGUGGGCAGCCUCCAAGCGGGACGCUUACCACACCGACUACGCACCACUCGUAGUCUACCGCCCCAAAGGCGACCGAAUCGACCGCUUCUUCCUCGCAAGACACCCCUCCGCCAAGAGACCCUUCUGGGAGGACUCAACCCACUCGAUUGAGCUCCUCAAGGCCGGACUCCCCUUUGUCCCCAAGUUCCCCGAGCUGGCUUUCUCGUCCGACUCCCCCUUUCUAGUCGCAGCAGCCGGACCACGACCGGGUGACGCCCCCAGAGCUCACGCGACGAUACUGAUCGCGUGGCUCAUGAAACCGACCUCUGACCACAAGCUCCGCGCUCGAACCCCCAACGCGACGGUGACCUCGCUCGAGGAUGAAGACCGCCACAAGCCGUACAGAGUCCACAUACCGGAAUACCCCGCCUUGCAGACCGCCCUUCCAGCCUCGCUCAUCGCGUGUGGGUCAUUGGCGGUGUCGAUUUGGAUACCGGCCAACCACACCGACGUUGCCGUUCCGGGGGGGAAAUACCGCCGACAACCACUCCCGGCACCGGAACGGUUUGUUGUCGUCUGGGACUUGCCUGCCAACUCGACGAGGAUAUUUGCGAUUCCUAACGUUCAGGCUUGUGUCUCCCCCAACUGCAAGUAUGUCGCUUAUUGUGAUGCGAACGCGGGGCAGUUUGUGAUUAUUGAGGUUGAGACGGCGGAGGAGAUUUGGAAGUGGCCUGAUGCGGCUAAAGGGGAAAAGAACAACAACAUCCACAACCAUCUGGCGGGGUUUGGGGGCCAGUUUGAGGAUUUGCAUAAGGUGACGGUGUUCGAGUUUUCGCCGGAUGGGGGGAUGUUGGUUGUGGGGGAUGAUAAGGGGAGCUUGGGGGUUUAUGAGGUGGAGAAGGGGGAGGAGAGGUUUGAGCUCGGGAGUGGGAUGGAGGUUAGUUUGGCUGAUGUGGGCCACUACCCGAGGGGGAUUGAGCAGCAGCAGAGCAGUAGGUUUUCGGAUUCGAGUUUGUAUGUGCCGUUGGGGUGGGAGGGUCAGCAGGGAGGGGGGAGUGGGAAUGGGAGUGGGAGUAGUGGGGCUUUGGAGUGGAGGGGAAGGAGGGACUGA